AUGGCUAUGCCAAUUACGAAUAUUUCUACUGAUACGAAACUCAUCCAUCGUAAUAAGACAUUGAUAAAUGAAAUAAAUGACGCAUUAAUCUUAGACAAUAACGUCAAUGUAUUUCAGAAAAGUAACUAUAGACCAUUGACACAUGAAAUGCGUAUAAAUGUUCUAAACAAAGAGUGUUCAACAAAUAGUCAAUUACCGUCGUUAGCACACGUGAAAAGAGUUUCGAUUCUUAAUUAUCUUGUAUUUACAUUACGUAGUAAGAAUUUAUUCUAUUGUUCUGUGCCAAAAGUCGCCACUAGAACACUGUUGAACUUUUUCACCUAUCUGCAUAUUGAAGAACUUAUUGCCUAUAUCAGCAAUAGUUCUACACUUCAGAAUGAAUUGGUCAAGAGUGAAUUUGCAAGACAAGGAUUAUUGUUCGAUUUGCAAUUUUUACAAAAGAAGUUGACCUUGAAUAGCGUCACGAACAACUAUAAUGGACAGGAUACUCAGCUGCAAGUGUUGAAUGCAUUUAAACAAAGUUUACUAAAUUAUUCUGAUCAACCAGACGAUUUAUGGCAUUUACAUCAGAACAACGUUUUACCACUUAUUAAACUGAAAAAUAUCAAUGAUCAACACACAAUAAAUUUUAUUCACGAUGCUACGAAAGUACUGUUUGUUCGUCAUCCAUUUAACCGUUUGGCAUCCGCUUAUUAUGAUAAAAUAGCUACAUUGAGAAUUCCAUCAGCUCAAGGUGCAAGGAAUAUUCAAGUAUCCAUGUAUGAUGAUGUACGCCGAGGAAUAUGUCGAAAAUUUGCUCAACAAUAUUUAAAUACAAGUGAGUUAACAUUUUACCAGCAGCAACAUCCGUGGCUGCGUCAUCAACGUAAAAUUAAUCCUCUCAAUGAUCCAUGUAGAACUGUUAUACCAACAUUCGAACAUUUCGUUGAGUAUAUUCUCGAUUAUCGUUCCGGUGUACAGUUAGAUGUUCAUUGGGCUCCAUAUUCUCAUCUAUGCAAAGUAUGUACAUUUAAAUAUGAUUUUAUUGGAAAAUAUGAAACGAUUGCAGACGAUAUGCAGUUGUUACUUAAAUUAGCAGGAGCAGAUACAAAAGAAUGGCAAAUAAAAAUGAUUAAUAGUAAUAGAUCAACGGUGGGAAAAGACGAUAUGUACAAAAAACUAUAUGAAACUCUUCCAGAACAUCUCAUAUGUAAACUUCAGCACAUUUAUUCAAAAGAUGUGAGUUUGUUUAAUUAUAAUAUCGAAGAUUACGUCGAUCGAGCGAAACUGUCGAAUUGUCGGAUGUACCAUCAGUUCAGGUAUCAUAUUGAGACAUUUUCUGUUUGA